AUGGGAAACUGCGCAGCAAAGAGAAGCGAAAGUAAUGAACAAAAAUCUCGUCCGGAAAAACUAACCGGUUCGGCAGAGCCGACAAUUGAUGCGGUAGACUACUCAAGCAGCGAAAUCUGCCAGUUCAACUACGCCUUCGAAGAAGUUGUUGUUGCCUUUUUCAAGUCAAAGCUCCGCCCUUCAAAAGCAGAUUUUAUUUCGCCCUUUCAAAUCGAAAAACUGGAAGACCGAAUCGUUUUCAGACGAGAGGAGACGAGAACAGUAGAUGUCCCUUGGCUGUUGAAAAAGAUAUGUGACCCGACUUUCGUAAUGGCGCACGAAAUCAGCAUUUUCCCGAACGAAAACAGACUCGAAGUCUAUGUCAAAAAUAGCUCUCAUUUAGAUUACGGACUUGUUUCUGACCAGGAAAUUUAUACAAAAGGCGAGGGUCUUUCAAAAACGACCCUGAGGAGAAAAAUCGGCGUUGAACUGAGCUCGGAGAAAAGCUGGUUUGGAUUGAAAAGCACUGCGGAAAAAUGGCUCAAGAAAAAAUCGAAGGUGCUCUUUUCGAAGACUGAUGAAAAACUGGAGAAUAUUUUGGAAGAAGAGCCUUCUUUGGACAAAUACUUUCCUUUCAUACUUGAUGGCUACUUAGAAUACCUCGAAUAA